GGUGGUUCUAUUUGUUGUUGACUGAAUUCCAGACAGUCAUGCCAAGCUUGAAAUUUGUUAUGCAAUAAUUAGAUCAAUGAACGUCUAUUUUCGAAUUCAGGCAGCUUUUGACGAUAAGAUGCCUCUCACCUCUCGAAGUCUGGGAUUCAAUGGCAAUGUGGGUGAGAAGAAGUCAGAGCUCAGGAUCGUUCUUGUCGGGAAAACUGGAGUCGGGAAAAGUGCAGCAGGAAACACCAUUUUAAGGAAGAAAGUUUUUGAGUCUAAACUCUUUCUUUCCUCUGUGACACAGGCCUGUCAGAAGGAAACCAAUGAGUGUGGCGGCUUACAUCUGACUGUUAUUGACACUCCAGGUUUGUUUAGGACGGGUAAAAGUAACGAAGAGGUUGUGAAAGAGAUCGCUGAAGGCAUCAGCAUGGCGGCUCCUGGUCCUCAUGUCUUCCUCAUUGUGCUGCAGCUGAACAGAUUCACAGACGAAGAAAGAAAAACCUUGGAAAUAAUCCAGACAAUGUUUGGAGAAGAAGCAGCCAAAUACACCAUGGUGCUGUUUACCCACGGAGACGAGCUGAGAGGAGAACACAUGACAAUGGACUACCUGUUGGAAACAUCCGAGCCUCUAACAAACUUCAUCAGCCAGUGCUCCAUCUUGGAGACAUUUGAAGAUAAAUAUCAUGUUUUUGACAACAAAGUUGAGGAUCCUAGUCAGGUCAGGAGACUGAUAAGAAAGAUCAACAGGAUGGUUCAGCAAAAUGAAAAAAUUGGAGGAAAUUUCUACACCAAUGAGAUGUUUGAAGAGGCGCAGAGAGCAAAGGAACAAGAAGAGGAACAACUUCUCAGAGAAAAUCCAGACAUUAACCCUCAAGAUGCAAGAAAACAGGCAGAGAGUGACAACUCAUUUAUUCGUGCUGCUCUGAAGGCUGCCGGUGGAGCUGCUACUGGAGCUGUUGCUGGAGUUGCUACUGGACUGGUUUUGAAAACUACAGCUGCUGGAGCUUUUGUUGGGGGCGGGAAGGGAGGAGCUGUAGGAGCUGCUGUUGGAGGAUCAGUGGGAGCGAUGGUUGGAGCGGCACUGGCAGUGAAAGAGAUGGCCUGCAUUACACAGUGAAGAUGACGUGUCUGAUGUUUGGUCUGCAUCUUAUUAAACCCUGAUUUCAUAAAUAAUGUAACAUGUUCAGUUGUGUUUUGGACAACAUUAGCAGCCUGAAUAUUAGAGCGUGUGAAGCAUAGGCCUGAUCUCCAUCACAGGAGAUGAAGCUGCUCUUUUUUACAUGCUUUAUAAUUAAAUACAUUGUUGUCCUCUCUGUAA